GUUGAUCUUUACCGCACUGUCGGGCUCCCGCCCCCUGUCCAUCUCCCGGACUCGCUGGGCAAACUUUUGUUCCAACUCGCACUCACCGCUCCCCUCCGACCCGCCCCCUGUGUGUCGUCUUGCCUCCGAUGAUGCAGGACGAAACGCCCGCCGUCAGAUCCUGGCUCACAAGGCACAACUUCACUCCGUACAUCUCCAUAUUGCUAGCCCAAGGCUUCGACACCCUCGAUGUGUUGCUGGACAUGAGCCGAGACGAGCUUUUGGGAUGCGGCUUGGCUGUAGGCCACGCAAAUCGGUUUCUCAAGGCUGCUCGACGCGAGCGGCUCGUCUUGGCCGCCCAGGCGGGUUUAACCAACUCUGCGUUUGCUCUAUCGGACCAACCGCCGUCCAUGGUUGUGGGAAACCUGCUCGACUCUCAAAUCGCAAGCAGCUCUCUGCUCUCAGCGGGCUCCAUGUUCGACAUCAAUAUGCAUGACUUUGGACCCGAUAUGCCGUCAAUUUCACCUUCGGUCCUCCAUGAUCUCCAUGAUCCCCAUGCUCCAGCAGCAGCUUCGAUCGCGACCCCGGAGAGCAUCGUUCCAGACUCACCGGGAUCUAGCUCCACAGCGAACUUGGUAUCACCAGCCACAGCCAUUCAGCCGCCGCAUCAGCCGACCCGGCCCCAGUCGCCCGCCAGUGAACACAGCGACGCCAGCCACUCCUCGGAUGGAAACCACUCGCAUGACUCGAGCGAAAGCGACUCCUCGGGCGAUGAAUCCGAUCACGGCUCCGACUCCGCUACCGACGCUGCUGAUCAGCCGAUGACUCACUCAGCCCCCUGUCGCUCACCGGCCAAGCGCGCAAACCCAGAAAAAGCCCAUCGUACCGCAACAGGAGACCACGGUUCUGGAUGCUCCACAAUCGUGCCGGUCUUGGAGCAUCCAAACGACAUGAGCAUGGACGACCCAUCAGAUGAGGAGGGUGAAUUCAUCGGAGCGAAUGGCAAGAGCCUGUACCUCCUCAAUAACCUUAGGCCGAUCGAAGACUCUGAGGUAGUUCUGACUGAUGGCGAGAACGAACAGAAUGCUCUGAGCCGAUAUAACACCGUAACAAACUUUGGAUUUACAAAGACGGAGUUGGAGCAUCUCGGGUUCUCCACCAACCAAACUCUGAGGCAGUGGAAUCCAGAGGCUCUCUUCAGGCUUUCGGUGAUGCUGCUGAACGUCGACGCGCAAACAGCAGCGGACCCCAACCCUCGAGCGCUGGCGCUGCUUUCGUACUGCUCGGAAGGGCUCAGCCACUUACAGUCACGAUAUAUCCUAGCUUGGAUGUACCUAAUCGGCUGGGCGGUCAAGCAGAACAUCCCCAAGGCGGUCCAGUAUCUGAAGCGGCUGAUUCAGAGGGCUCAGCAAGUCUCGUCGCAUGAAUUGACCCCCCCGUCGGCCUUUCUCAUCGGCUUCCUUUACUUCAAUGGCGUCGGUGUCGAAAAGGAUAGCGAUCAAGCGUCCUACUACUACCGCCAGUCGCUUUGCUCGAACUUCAAGCUUGCUGAAGAGCUGUUUGCAUACAGUUCUGAAGGAGAUGAUCCCAGAAAAUUCAGCUGCGACUCUGAGAUGGCCAAGGAGUUCCUUCAGUGGUGCAAACGCGGCGCCCUGCUGGACCGAGCUUUUGCCAUCCAUCUUCUGGGUGAUUGCUCUUACUUUGGGCACGGCACCGCUUUCAACUACCGCCAAGCUGCCAAGUACUACACCGAGGCCGUCCACUCGCACUCCUUUGCGCCAUCGCAGUUCUGUCUGGGCAUGUGCUACGAAGAAGGUCAAGGCGUCGAGCAAGACUUUGGCUACGCCUGGAACCUCUACCAUGCAAGCGCCUUCCAGGGCGACGCCCUUGCAGAGUUCCAUCUGGGGAUGUAUUACUACAAUGGCGAUGAAGCCAACGGCUGCGACACUCGUGUCGACUACACAUAUGUCGACGGCAGAAAAAAGAAAGCCAGUCUGGUGCUGAGGACCAAGGAUAUUGACAAGGCAUUGGUCUGGCUCAAGCAAAGCGCCAAGCAAGGUUUCUGGAAGGCUCAAGCGCAGCUGGCCGAUAUCUAUUUCUUCGGUGAGCCCGGCGUCACGGCCAUCGUCACGCAGGCGGCUCGGUGGUAUCUUCGUGCCGCCAACCAUGGCUACGCACAAGCGCAGAAGGACAUUGCCGAAUGCUACUCCGCGGGCACGGGCGUCCGGAAGAACCACAGCGAGGCCUUCCGAUGGAAUUUGAUUGCUGCCUGCGAGGGCCAUCCCGUUGCCCAAAACAACCUUGGCGUUAGCUACAGCGAUGGAGUUGGAGUCAUCCAAGAUUACCAAAAGGCCAAGGAAUGGUUCGAAAAGAGCGCGGCGCAAGGAAACGAGAUGGCCAAGCGAAACUUGACCAUUUAUCGACAGGACAUCGAAGACGAUGCCUUUUUCCAGCACCACUUGAAGCUUGCCGAGCGCGGGGAUACCCGAAGCAUGUAUGAAGUGGGCGAAUGCUACUUCAGCGGCCUUCACCAAGUCAAGGAAGACCACAGUGUGGCCCUCCACUACUUCAGAAGGUGCAUCGAGGCGGACGAUCCGGAUCCCCGUGUCUACAACGCCCUCGGAAAAUGCUAUCUUGAUGGCAGGGGCGUAGAUGUCGACAAGGAUCGAGCCGUUCAGCUCUUUCAACAAGGCCAGGCCCUCAACGACCCAGACGCCACCGUCCAUCUUGGGAUCUGCUACCGGGACGGGAUCGUGGUUCCCAAAAACGAGGUGAUCGCCGUGAAACUCUUUGAACGUGCCACCGAACUGAACAGUGCCGAGGCAUGGGAGUGUCUUGGCAAGCUCUUGCAGACCUCGUCCGAUGAGAAGGAGGCGUCCAGAGCCCGGUCCUACUUGAAAAUGGCCAAGAGCAUGAAUCCAGAAAAGUACAAGAGGAUGAACACCUCGGCCCCGAGGAAGGCAAGGGUCGGUGUCACCUCGACCAGGGCGAGGGGCAAAGCCGCGGUGGGCUCCCGCAAGAAGAAAUGAAGGUCUCCCAAUGAAGCCGGGCUUUCUUGGCCGAGCGACGACGGUAUCGUUGUUGCCCACCCAGACCGUGAAUGCGGCCGAAAGGAUACCCCACUCAAGCCACCACUCCAGUGUCCUUCACUCUCGUGGCUGUCCAUGGUGGCCCAAACCCCACCCUUGCUUC